AUGGCAAUCCAAAUCCUGUUCUACAAUUCAUUACUCGUCAUUUUCUUCACCAUUUCUCUUACUCUUCAACUUACAAAAUCAGAUAGUGUACAAAUGCCUGAUUUUGCAUUCAGUUGGUUGAAUAACAAUGACACAUUCGUGGCUGGUGAAAUUGCAACAAUUAAAGUUAUUGUUCUUGGGAAUUAUGAUAGUGGAAAAUACAAACUUCCAUUUAAUCCAAAUAUUACGGUGAAUGAUAAGAUGGGCAACAGUUCUUUGAUUUCUGGGGUGUCUUCAAGUUUUGAUUUUGCAGAUACUGGAAAUUGGAGGAUUUUAUUUACUCCUAUUAUGGUUGGCUUGUUCAAUGUGCUUAUCACUGAUGAACAUUUUCAUGUUUUGGAUUCUUCGCUGCAUUUUCAAGUUACUCCAGGUCAAAUGUAUCCAGCAGCCGGAAUUGUGUCGUGGAAGGAUGGAGAGGACGAAUUCAUAUCCGGAACAAAAGCCGAACUUUUGAUACUUGCUAAAGAUGCAUUUGGGAACAAUGUCACUUCUGCAAGCGAGGGACUACGUUUCUAUAACUUCUCGUUGUCUGCAUUUCGCUCAAAUGGUUCCAAUGCAAGUGUGCUUAACGUGACCAAUAGAGGUUGGAAUCAGUAUGGCUACCUUAGCAUUGAGUUUAUUGCAGCCACUGCCGGAAGCCUCUUUCUUCAUGUAGAAGUCGACAACCAAACAUUUCAACUCUCUCCAUUACCAUUCAAGGUUUAUCCAGGAGAACUGGAUGUCUCCACUUGUAUUGCUCAAUGGGACAUUGAAACAAAGUCCUUCCAAUUAUUUUCUAUGAUGGAAGCUUUCAUACACCAGCAUGAUCAAUAUGGAAAUCUGGUUUCGGGUUUUUAUGCAUUUGACAUUGAAGUUAUUGAGAAAGGGACGAACUUAUCCAUGCCAGUGGCGGAUCUGAACUUCAAAGAUGUUGGGCAGGGAAUACAAUCUUUUUCUUUCAGCCUAGAGGAACCAGGAAACUUUAUGCUCAUGAUAUCUAAUAAGGAGAAGAAUACUUUAAUUUCCAAUAUGCCAUAUGAUUUUACUGUUUAUAUAGGUUAUUGCGACGGAAUGAACAGCAUUGUCAAUGGAUCUGGUCUAAAUAAUUCUUUUGCUGGCCGUGCUGCGAAGUUUUCUGUGUUUCUUAAAGAUGCCUAUCUAUAUCCUGCUCCUGUUGAGUUAGAAAGGCUUCAAGUACAAAUUGUGCAUGAAUUUGAUUCCCAAAUUAUACAGCCAAGUAUACGUAUAAGGGAGACUGUCAAUGGUAGUUUAUAUACUGGUAGAGUAAAUGAUAUCAAUCGUAUGCAAAUUGAUUCUGCUCCAAUAUUCAGCACAAAGAACGAUUCUGCUGGAAACUGGAAUCAGAAAGCUAGUGCCUUCGAUGUCAUUUAUGUACCCAAGAAGAGUGGUCUAUAUGAAAUUCGUGUAUUUUGUGGAAACAUUCCAUUGAAUGGUGGACAUACAAUUAGAAAGGAAGUAAGUCCAGGCAAGGUUAAUUUAUUGCUCUCUGGGGUUGUGAAAUUUGCACCAAAAGUGUCAAAGCUGGUUAAAAAUGAUAUUGUUGUACGACUCAUGGAUUCGUAUCAUAAUCCUGUCCUGUUACAACAAUCGAAGUUGAAAUUAGAGAUUGCUUCAAUUAACAGAUCUGCUUCUUCCACGUGGACGUUUCUUGAUAAUAACGAUGGAUCUUAUACUGGUAGCUACCUGGCAAAUGAUGUUGGCACGUAUGAGUUAUGCACUUCAUACGAUGGUAACCGUUUCAUCCCAUGUCCCUUCGGGGUGAAUGUGUAUAGUGGUGAAUAUUUUCCUAAACUCUACAAUGAUACAGUUUCUGUAUGGGAGGAUGAGUCAGUUGCUUUUAACGUUCUAGAAAAUGAUUACUUUGCUGGUGGCAAUGCAAGUAUUGUGGAAUAUUCAAAGCCCACUCAUGGUUCACUUUUACAGUAUGGACAUCUCUUUAGAUAUACACCAUGUAAAGGAUUUUACGGAAAUGAUUGUUUCUUGUAUACAAUAGCUGAUAUAAAUGGAAAUGUUGCUUCGGGUGCUGUAAAUUUAUUUGUUCUCUGCAUACCACCUCGGUUUGUUUCCAUUCCAAGUCAAUUGCAAGCUACAGAAGAUGUGGUCAGUCCCAAGUUCGGCGGUUUCUUGGGAUUUGAAAUUGUUUACUCGGAUUUGGAAGAAAAUAUCACUGUUACUUUCAGUUCACUGUCUGGAGAACUUCUGCUUUCUCCUAUGCCAAUGCAAUUUUGGCAUCCAAGAUGGAAUGAAUUUUCUAUCAGCAAAGACAUUGGAAUGGAUAAAGAAAUAACUUUAGUAGGCUGUGUUGAUGUGAUCAACUUUGCUCUUCAGUCAAUCCAAUACUUCGGAAAGGAGAACUUCUAUGGUGCUGAUACACUCCGAAUUUCUACAAUCAACAAAAAUGGAAAGAAUGAUUUAAAUGUUCCGGUUUAUGUGCAACCAAUCAACGAUCCACCUUUUAUUAAUUUACCCUCAUUCGUUAUCCUGGAUGAAAAGAAUGAUGAGGCACCUAUCUUUGGUAGACAGAGAGAGAAAUUUGACUUCAUCCGAGAUCCAGACCUGAUGAAUUUUCCUGGCAACUGGUCACGCUUUUUGGUCGUUUUCUCCUUGGAAGUGAGCUCUGGACUUUUGUCAACGAACCUUCCAGCAGAUCUCAUUAGUUCAACCGAAUUAAAGUUGAAGUCAAGUUAUCAGUGGCAACCUCUUCAAACAUUUGUUACCAUCUCGAAGCAUUUUGUGGUUAAAGCAAAGGGUAUCCGAAUCCGAGGUACAAUUAAUGACUGCAACAGUAUUAUGGAACAACUGUUAUACCAUGAUGGUGAACAUAAUGCUGUCUUAACAGUCAAAGUAAAUGAUUUGGGAAACUACGGAUGCUACCCUGACUGUACAGAGAUGAUGUCAAUGCCUCUUCUUGCCGAGUCUAAAAUAAGUAUCAUAAGACGAAGACCAAUUAGUCCAUUGGCAGCUCAUUUUUUAGGAUCAGCAAUUGUGGUUGAAUCGAUUGUGGUAUUUUCUCUUGGUGUGCUACUUCUGUACUUCAUGUGCAAAUGUGCACUCGUUCUCAUUCAUGAAAAGAGGAGGCAGAAGGCCCCAGAUAUUGAGCUCUCCAAGGUCCAAAGUUCAUCUAAACUAACUAGUUCUUCUCAAACUUCCAUUGAUCAGCAUCAAGAAUCUUCUCCUGAUGUGAUGCCAAUUGUCUCUGAAAAGAGUUGA